UCAUGCUGCUGCCAGGUCCAGAGUGUCUCAUGGGUCCCUGUACGGCCUCCCAUUGCUGCUGUCUCCAUCGCCACACUCUGCCAUGUGCCACUUUCAGGUCUCCUCACACUGCUGGUGUGUUCCAUUUUUUGUCAUAGGGUGCUGGCAGAAUACGGGGCCUCCCAUAGCUGCUGCCAGGCCCCUAAUCUGCCAUGGGCCCCUGUACCGCCUCCUCAUGCUGCUGCUGCCAGGUCCAGAGUGUCUCAUGGGCCCCUGUACGGCCUCCCAUUGCUGCUGUCUCCAUCGCCCACACUCUGCCAUGUGC